AGUAUUUGUUUAGAGGUGGCUAUUCUCAUCCCUCAACGAAGGCUAUGAAGCAGGAGAGGGUUAAUGGUGAGCAGGGGGAGCCGAUGAUGGAUUCUCCACUGAAGCCACCGGCUUUGUUGUCCCGCGAUUUGAAGUUAGGGGAGUCGGUGCUGAUGGGAGGUAGUCUCGCGACCCCUCAAGGGGUUCAAAGGCUGGAUGUGUUGCCUUUUGCUGACUCGAGAGGUUGUUAUGGAGGGGCAAAGUGCUGCGGCGGUGUUGGCUCCGUUGAGGGUGGCGGUACAGUGCCGAACGGUGAAAAUAGUGGCGCAAGUUCUACCGGCAUGCAAGUUCUUCCGGCAUGCCAUAGAAGACUGGUGGGUGUCUAGAUCUGGCUUCUGUUCUAACCGGAAAACUAUCAUUGAAUUUUGCACUUCAAGGGUCUUUGAUUUCGUCUUCUUUUUAGUACCAUGUUAGAUGCAAAGUUCCCUUUCCCGUCUUCAGCUAAGCUCUAACCUCUGUUGCAGCAUUUAAAGAAGAGAUAAUUUUUGCUUCUAAAAUAAAGAAUGCUUGGGCGA